GUGAGGGAGUAUGACGUCUACCGUGGAGCGCGGUUCAACUUGACGAAUGAGUCACCCAUUUAAUUUAAGUUGUGCUUUCGAAAAGUUGCGUGACUUUAUCGAAUACACUCGGCUGACAUUGUGGUCGUCGUCGCUUCGAGAACAUUCGCUCCGUUAGCGAAGCAAAGGUUAUCGUUUGGGCGGCGGACAAGCGUUUGCGGACGCCGGACGGAGAGCCCUGCUGCGGCCGCCAUGGCUUCGCUGGGGAACUCGACAGCCGCUUCGUCGGCUAGCAGUCCCAUGGUGGUACUAGCGCCCAAGACGAAGACGAAAAAGAAACACUUCGUUCAGCAGAAGGUUAAAGUCUUUCGAGCCAGCGACCCUGUCCUCAGCGUCUUUAUAUGGGGCGUCAAUCACUCGAUCAAUGACCUUAACCAGGUUCCAGUACCUGUUAUGUUGCUCCCCGAUGAUUUCAAGGCCAACAUGAAAAUCAAAGUCAACAACCAUCUGUUCAACAAAGAAAAUCUCCCCGGACAUUUUAAAUUUAAGGAAUAUUGCCCUCAAGUCUUUCGAAAUCUACGGGAGCGCUUUGGUAUCGAAGAUCUGGACUAUCAAGUAUCACUGACCCGAAGCCCCCCAACCAGGAGCGUCAACGAUCAAGGCGAGGGGCUGCUCCUCAACUCCUAUGACCGCACGCUGAUCGUCAAGCAAAUAUCCAGCGAGGAUGUGGCCGACAUGCACAGCAUCCUGUCCGAGUAUCACCAGCACAUAGUGAAGUGCCACGGUAGUACCUUGCUGCCUCAGUUCCUGGGAAUGUACCGGGUGAGCGUGGAGAGUGAAGAGACUUACCUCAUCGUCAUGAGGAACAUGUUCAGCCACAGAUUGGUGGUACACCGGAAGUACGACCUGAAGGGUUCUCUGGUGGAUCGGGAGGCAAGCGACAAAGAACGAGGUAAGGAGCUUCCCACUUUAAAGGACGUGGACUUCAGGAACAACAUGCAGAAGGUUUACGUCACGGAGGAGCAGAAGGAGAAGUUUAUGGAGAAACUUAAUCGUGACGUAGAGUUCCUGGUGAAGCUAAAGAUCAUGGAUUACAGUCUGCUGCUGGGUAUCCACGAUUUGGGCCGAGCCGAACGGGAGGAGGAAGAAGGCGAAGAGGUUUCCAACGAAGAAGAACAAGAAGCGGAGAACGGCCUGGCGCCCGGCGGACCCGCAGUGGGCUCUUACGGCACGUCUCCGGAGGGGAUCGCCGGUUACAUGUCGUGCUACAAGCCUCUCGGAGCCGGCGAGUUUGACCCCUACGUGGACGUCUACGCUGUUAGGAGCUGCCCCGGCGCCCCCCAGAGGGAGGUCUACUUCAUGGGCCUGAUUGAUGUCCUAACUCAGUAUGACACCAAGAAGAAAGCCGCCCACGCAGCCAAAACUGUCAAACACGGGGCGGGUGCCGAAAUCUCCACCGUACACCCCGAGCAGUACGCCAAACGGUUCCGGGACUUCAUCUCCAACAUUUUUGCAUAAGCCUCAACGCAGAAAUCGGAAACUUACAGUGGACAAAACAAACAAAAUAUGAAAACAGGCCGGCAGUAAUUUUUGACAUGAAGGAUGAUGACUCGCAUUGGAUUAUGUAUUGUCACACCAGAUGUGAAAAAGUUUGCUUUCAUAUUUUAUCAUAACGCUAACGUGAUAUGUGUGCCAGAAGUGCAACAAUACACUUCCGUCGUUGAUAACUGGUUAUCGUGCUUUAUAGUUAUCUACAAAAUUUGCUAUUGCGAUUCCUUUCAAACGGUAUAUACGGUAACUGAGCACGUAUUUUCGGGACUAUAAAUCGCUCUGGAUGAUAAAUCGAACUAGUCCUAAAAUACGUGAGACAAAGAAAAAAAAACAUGGAUAGAUAACACUGGAUUUUAAGACAAGUUUUGGGAAGAAAACGUGCCAUAUGUCGUCUGCCAUUUGUUGCGAAAUAGCUCACACAGUCACUAGUAUUACUUAAGUGACAAAUGAAUUGAAUAGCUGCCAAAAUGUUGCAGUCAGAAAUAACAGUGCAGCUGCUAGUGCUAAUAAUAAGCGCCCUUUAGCUUAGCAAGCCACUACGUUGCAGCACUUCAACUCAAUAAAUGGCCACUUUGCCAGCUUUCUUCAAAAGUCAAACUACCGUAUUUUCCGGACUAUGGUUCGUGCUGGAGUAUGAAUCCAACUUGUCGAAAAAAAAAAUGUGUCAGCCAAAGGAAAAAACAUAGAUAAGUCGUGGUAGACUAAAAGUCAAAUUUGUCAGAUGUUGCCCGCUAUUUGUACCAAAGUAGCUCAAAACGCUGUUUUCAGUACUACUUCAGCAACAAAAGAGCAGUUCAAACGAGUUCAAUACUGUAUUUUCCGGACUAAAGGUUGUGCUGGAAUAUGAAUCGAACUAGUCAAAAUGAUGCGUCGGCCCAAGAUAAUAUGUAGGUAAGUCGAAAUUUUGAAGGAAAGUGUACUAGAUGUUCUCGGCAAUUUGUCCAAAAUAGCUCAAACACAGAAAUUACCGUAUUUUUCGGACUAUAAGUCGCACCUGAGUAUAAGUCGCCCCAGACAUAAAAUGCCUAACAAAGAGGAAAAAAACAUAUAAGUCGCACUGGAGUAUAAGUCGCAUUUUGGGGGGAAAUUUACUUGAUAAAAUCCAACACAUAGAACAGAUAUGUCAUCUUUAAAGGCAAUUUAAACAAAAAAUACAAUAGAGAACAUCAUGCUGAAUAAGUGUACAGUAUAAUAUUCCCUGACGCGUGAACAACGAAAUGUGAACGUGGCCAGUAUGUUAAAGUAACAUCGCUAUUAAGAGUUAUUCAGAUAACUAUAGCAUAAAGAACAUGCUAAUAAGUUUACCAAACAUUCAGUGUGACUCCAAAACACCAAAAUAACAUGUGAAAUGAUAUAAAAAUGUGUUAAUAAUAUCACACACAAGUCGCUCAAGAGUAUAAGUCGCACCCCCAGCCAAACUAUGGAGAGAAAAAAAAAAAAUGGGACAUAUUGUCCGAAAAAUAGGGUAGUAGUACUACAGUUAAAAAAAAGAGCAGUUCAAACAUUGAAUAGUUGCCAAAACCACAAUAUUGACAGUCACGAAUAACUGUUCUCCUGCUAGUGCUAACAUUAGCACCCUUUAGCUUAGCAAGCUACUACAUUGCUGCCCUACAACUAAAUGAAUGGCCACCUUAUCAGCUUUCUUAAAAAGUUAUACUACCGUAUUUUCUGGACUAUAGGUCGCUCAGGAGUACAAGUCGAACUUGUCGAAAAAUGCUACAGCCACGAGAAAAAACGGGUAAGUCGCGCUAGACGAAAAGUCACAUUUUGAAGGACAGUGCAACAGAUGUUAUCCGCAAGGAAAAUGUACUAGAUGUUGUAGGCAAUUUGUCCAAAAUAGCUCAAACGAAGUAUCUAGUACUACAACAGCAACAAAAGAGCAAUUCAAAGAAAUUGAAUAACUGCCAAAACUACUGUACUUAGUCACGAAUAAUAAUUCUGCUACUAGUGCUAACAUAAGCAUCCUUUAGUUUAGCAAGCUACUACGUUGCAGCCCUUCAACUAAAUGAAUGGGCACUUUAUCAGCUUUCUUCAAAAGUCAAAACUACCAUAUUUUCCGGAUAAUAGGUCAGUUGGAGUACAAGUCGAACUAGUCGAAAAAUGCUACAGCCAAAGGAAAAAACAUAGAUAAGUCAUGCUAGACUAAAAGUCGAAAUUUGAAGGACAAUGUACCAGAUGUUUUCCGCAAUUUGUCCGAAAGUAGCUCAAACGCAGUAUGUAAAACCACUUCAGAGACAAAAGAGCAGUUCAAAGGAAUUGAAUAGUUGCCAAAACCACUGAGGUUAGUCACGAAUAAUAGUUCUGCUGCUAAUGCUAAAAUAAGCGUCCUUUAGCUUUGCAAGCUGCUACACUUCAACUCAAGAAAUGGCCACUUUGUCUGCUUUCUUUAAAAGUGAAACUAUUGUAUUUUCCGGACUAAAGGUCGUGCUGGACUAUGAAUCGAACUCAUCAAAAUGAUGCGUUGGUCCAAGAUAAAAUGUUGAUAGGUCAAAAUUUUGAAGGAAUAUGUACUAGAUGUUGUUGGCAAUUUGUCCAAAAUAGCUCAAACGCAGAAUCUACUACUACUACAGUAAAAAAAAGAGUGGUACAAACAAAUUCAAUAAUUGCCAAAACCACAGUACUGAGUCACGAGUACUGCUGCUAGUGCUAACAUAAGCUUCCUUUAGCUUUGCAAACUACUACUUUUCAGCUCUUCAACUAAAUGAAUGGACACUUUAUCAGAUUUCUUCAAAAGUUAAACUACCGUAUUUUCCGGACUACAGUUCGCUCUGGAGUACAAGUCAAACUAGUUAAAAACACAUCAUCCAAAGGAGAAAAUAUAGAUUAGUCAGGCAAGACUAAAAGUCGACUUUGCCAGAUGUUGCCAGCCAUUUGUACCAAAGUAGCUCAAACGCAGUAUGUAAAAGUACUUCAUUAACAAAAGACCAGUCCAAACUAAUUGAAUAGUUGUCAAAACCACAGUACUCUGUCACGAAUAAUAGUUCUGCUGCUAGUGCUAACAUAAGCACCCUUUAGCUUAGCAAGCUAAUACGUUCAACAAUGGCCACUUUGUCAGUUCCAACUUUCGGACACAACCUUUUACUGGCAGUUUUUGCUCAAACUCAAGUCACUAACGGUACUGUUAGCAUAGCUUAACUUAGCGGUAGUGGCGUCACAUUCCCCACAGUGUUUCCAGUGACCAAGUUGUCAUCCAGCUAGCUUAAAAAACAUUCCAUGUCGCUUUCGUUGAGGCCACAUAUCUUCCUUCACGUGGUUCCAGAGACCAUUUAACAAUGUCCAGAUUUACGUAGCAACUUUGUGUAUUUUAAAUUCCUUCUGAGCAUUUGUCAUAAACAGGACGAAAACAACCCUAACUUUCUUAUAUUUCCAUUCAAAAUAAUGUACGUAGACUUGUUCGUGGCAGCUAUUGCUAGAAAUGACCAUAGGAAUGAGAAAUACACUUUUAUAAAGUACAAAUUAUAGUGAAAACGUACAUAGAUCUUCAUGAAUUACAGCUAACCAGUCCAAAUCAGUACUCGACUUGCGCGAUUUCGACUUUAUGACCCAGUACUCUCUUUGGCCAUUUUGUCUCCAUUUUUUUUAACCUUAUUAAAUUAGCUUAAUUUGCCUAUCAAAAGUCGGCUAGCUUAAAUGCAAAAAAUGCUAACGUAUUUACAUUUUUUUAUCUCAAAACGCUCACAUUUAACUCCACAAACUGUAGCUGUAAAGUUGAUUACAAAUGCAUACACAAACAUAUAUUAGCUGAAACAACUUACAGCCUUAUGUGGAUCAAACCAGAGUGCAGCGAUCCUUUAUCUAUGUGAGUCUGCUUCUUUGUAAUAUAAGGGGACUGUCCAGCUGACCCAACUCUGCCACCCGAGGGCAGUGUAUCCUCCAUGAUUCAACAAAAUACUUUUGGACUUUUUGGAUUAUUAUUUUGAGUUCUACUUGGAGGGUUCAUUCCGAUUUACACAGAAAUUCCGGUUGCGUCGCCAGCGUAGAAACGGAAUUUGUUGAUAACCCGGGGACUACCUAUACUAAUUUGGUGAGAUAUAAACUAGCAUUUCUUCAUUACAAGUCAAGAGCGCCCUCUCGUGGCUGGUUGUGGGUACUUUUUACUCUGGUCAGUAGAGGUGGGAAUCUUUGGGUACCUAACGAUUCGAUUACGAUUCAGAGGCUCUGAUUCGAUUAUAAAUUGAUUAUUGAUGUCACCCAAACCACACACCACCCUCCCCCUGCUUUUAAUGUUUUGUACAUUCGUUCCAAAAUACGGUAGUUAAAAAAAAAAAUCCUAUUAGGCUAAACCAAACUAAUAUUUCAGUAUCAAGUUAAUAGUUAAAAACAUUAAAUAAAAUACUCAAGUCCCCAUUCUGUAUCAACAGCUUUAAACUGCAUUCAAUUAAUUUAAUGAUGUGAAUCAACUGUUAAAGUUGAUAAAAUUGCUCCCGUUAUUCCAUAAAUUCCCUUCUGUCUACUUACAACAUGUCAGUUUUAAAACUGUUUCAUGAUUUAAAGAUUGAUUCACGUCAAGAUUUUGCCGAUUUAGGAGUACUUUAGAUAAAAAGUGAAUUAGGUUCGCUACAACAGAGCCUUCUAGAGAAGUCUGCUGCUUUAAGAUGGCGGCUGUUUACAACGCGGCAACUACUAAACGGCAAGUCUGUCACUUUGCAUCUAGUUUUCUUUAUAUGGUCUAACACCGCCAUCGUCUGCCAUUUAGCAUUUAAUUCUACAUAUAUGUGAUAUCUACUAUAGCCAUAUGUGGCCGUAUGUUUGUAGCAACAAGCAACUGGGCGUUGUUUGAACCAGCUGUCGGCCGCAGUCAGGUAUUUUUAUUUUUAUAUCUAGCGGCAUAAUUUGAACAUGAUAUUUGUUCUCUGUCCGUUCCUCAUUGCGUCCCGAAGACCGCGCUGACUGUGUUCUGCUUUACCUGGUAUUAGGGUUGUUCCGAUCAUGUUUUUUUGCUCCCGAUCCAAUCCCGAUCGUUUUAGUUUGAGUAUCUGCCGAUCCGGAUAUUUCCCGAUCCGAUUGCUUUUUUUUUUUUUUUGCUCCCGAUUAAAUUCCAAUCAUUCCCGAUAAUUUUUCCCGAUCAUAUACAUUUUGGCAAUGCAUUAAGAAAAAAAUGAAUAAAACUCGGACGAAUAUAUACAUUCAACAUACAGUACAUGAGUACUGUAUUUGUUUAUUAUGACAACAAAUCCUCAAGAUUGGCAUUUACAUUAUUAACAUUCUUUCUGUGAGAGGGAUCCACGGAUAAAGACUUGUAAUUCUUAAAGGAUAAAUGUGACUUUGUAUAUUGUGACUAAAUAUUGCCAUCUAGUGUAUUUGUUGAGCUUUCAGUAAAUUAUUCUGUAGUCAUGCCCCAAUGGAUGAUGGGAAGUGGAACCAUGACUGUCCGUAGUGCUACCAAUUGAUAUAUCUUCUCUGCGUUGGGAAAUAACAUAAGAUAGGGAGAGGGAUUGUAAGGCUUUAGCCAAUUAAAAAAAUGUUUCAAAAGCUGCCAAAAUUCACUCUACUCAUUUUACGCUGCCUUUUAGCUCUAUUUAUAGGUAAAAUGGCGCCAUUACAGAUUGAAUGCGACAAUGCGUGAGUGGGUCGUGCAGCGCAUGCAUUAAUUGCGUUAAAUAUUUUAACAUGAUAAAUUAAGAAAGAAAAAAAAUUUCCGCCGUUAACGGGAUAAAUUUGAUAACCCUACCUUAGGCAUAAACUAAAGACUCUGGAUGAGUGUAACAAAUUAUGUCUGUAACGUUAAAUACAAUUAGAAAACGAUUUAAUAAAAAAAAACAUACUGUAUAUUAAAAAAAAAAGGCAUGUCCGAUAUUUUUUUGCCGAUUCCGAUACUUUGAAAAUGACGUGAU